AUGGAAACUUGCCAGUCAUGUCGUUACCCGAGUUUCCCAAGUACCGGAGAUUGCGAACAGUACCUCACAGACGCAACAAGAUGGUCUAUGGGCUUCAACAUUAGAUAUCGCAAGGGGAAGUUCUAUCUUCUGACCUCAUAUGUCUCGAUGUAUCCCGAUUUCGGGUUCAAAGGGCUGCUUUUCUCGACCGAGGAAAUUUACUCGGACGAAGCGAUACGGAACCGAACGGGUGUUGGUCUCCCGGAGGGGCCGCAUAUCUAUAAGAAGGACAACUGGUAUUAUCUCCGCAUUGGCGAAGGAGGUACCGAACUUGGUCACCGGCAAGUCAUUGCUCGGUCACACUCUGUAACUGGGCCGAAUGAAGGAUAUGCCGGAAAUCCCAUUUUGACGAAUUUCAAUACGACGGAGUACUUCCAGACUGUCGGCCAUGCAGACCUUUUCCAGGACGGCAAUGGCAAUUGGUGGGGAGUAGUGUUGGCAACACGCUCUGGUCCGGCUUGGAGAGUAUACCCUAUGGGGCGAGAGACUGUUUUGUUCCCCGCAACUUGGAAAAGGGAUUCCUUUGCUGUAUCCCCACCCGAGCGACCGUACUCUCUGCGUUUGCUGCCAUCAAGUCUUAAUAUUACUGGCCUUAGUGCUGCCGGGGAGAGGAUCGAGAAAACGCCUAUCACGCUGAUAAUGCGUCGACAGAGUCAUACAUACUUCACUUAUAGCGUAGAAGUAUCGUUUGUUCUGGCGGAGGAAGGAGAGGGAGGAAGGAGAGGAAGUAGCAACACAGAAUGUCAGUCCCCGGAACUACCAUCCAGGCCAUACCACUUUCAAAGGAUAUUCGAGUCCGGCUGCAGGUUCAGGCUGCGCAUGACACCCACUAUAAUCUGUCUGCUGCGCUGCCAGGACGCGAAGAUUUUGACUUUAUUUACCCUGUGGAGACUGUUCUUGUUAGCGGAGGAACUGGAAGAUUUACCGGCGUUCUUCUGGGAGUCUAUGCCACAAGUAGUGGGAGAUCAGGCUCACGCCAUCGUAUAUCAGUAG